GGGGCGUGUCCAGCCGCCGCAGCGCCGCCAAACCCCGCCCGAACCCACGUGGGUUUGCUCGCAUGCGCGCAGUGAGGAGCCGAAGGGGACGCCGGGAACAGGUUGAAAGACCGUUUAUUUGGGAUUUUUCUUGUUUCUUGAGAUAGGCCUGCAUUGCUAUGAAGUUCCCUUUUAGAACUGCCUUUGCUGCAUCUCAUAGAUUUUGGAAGGUUAUGUUUCCAUUUGCAUGUGUUUCAGGAAUUUCUCCACAUGGCUUCCAAAGAAGUGACUGUUACAGUUCGCCUCAUUCGUUCAUUUGAGCAUCGCAAUUUCCAGCCUAUAGUAUAUCAUGGAGUUAAUUUGGACCAAACUACAAAGGAAUUUAUAGUAUUUCUAAAGCAAGAUAUUCCUUUAAGGACCAACCUGCCACCACCAUUCAGAAAUUAUAAAUAUGAUAAACUAAAGAUUGUUCAUCAAGCACAUAAAGCAAAGACGAACGAGCUUGUGUUGAGUCUGGAAGACGAUGACACACUCAUUCUGGAAGAAGACAGCACGCUGCGUGCCAGUGGAAUCGCUCAUGAAACUGAAAUUGCAUUUUUCUGUGAAGAAGAUUAUAAGAACUACAAAGCUAAUCCCAUUUCAUCCUGGUGAAAACCUCUUGGGGGCUCCCUUUUUGCAUACCUGUAUUAAGCUCUUUAUUCCACUAGUGAGUUUUGGAAAUUGACAAAUAAACUUAAAAAUUAAUCUCAGGCUCUGCUAUUUGA